AUGCUGCGCUCUGCUCUUGGUGCGUUCUUGCCACCUCUCUGGCCAGCGCACACUUCCUCCGACUCUGAGUCAGCGUCAGCGCUCGGCUGUCUCCGCCUGAAGGACUUAAAAGAAGACCAAGUGGACCAGGAACCAAAGGACAUGCUGGAUGUCAGGAGCUGCUCCACCAGGGUUCCCAACAAGAACAACAACAGCAGGAGAGCCGAGCAGGGCAACUGCUCCUCAGCGGCACUGGAAACUAAUACCUUAGCAGUGAGCAUCCCUCCCCCCUCCUCCUCCUCCUCCUCAUCCCUCUCAGCUCCAAGAUCCAUGUGGCAGGAAGCAAUAAGGAGGAAAUGGUACCUCCUAGACCGGGUAGGAGAGACAGGAGAAGGGGAUAAAGAAGGUGGUCAAAAGGAGAGGAACAGGUCCCCGGACUGGCUGUAUGAGUCCUACUACUGUAUGAGCCAGCAGCAUCCACUCAUCGUGUUUCUGCUGCUCAUAGUGAUGGGCGCCUGUCUGGCUCUGCUCGCUGUCUUCUUCGCCUCAGGACUGAAUGUUGAGGACCACGUCGCCUUCGUGAUCACCGUACCUACGGCGCUGGCCAUCUUUUUGGCCGUGUUCGUACUCGUCUGCAUUGAGUCCAUCUUCAAGAAGCUCCUACGGAUUUUCUCACUUGUUAUUUGGGCCUGCUUGGUUGCCAUGGGUUACCUCUUUAUGUUUUCCGGUGGCAUCAUCUGUCCGUGGGAUCAGGUCUCCUUCUUUCUGUUCAUCGUGUUCGUGGUCUACACCAUGCUGCCCUUCUCGAUGCGGGACGCCAUUAUCGCCAGUGUGCUGACCUCCACCUCACACACUGUUGUGUUGAGUGUGUGCCUGUCCACUACAGUUGACCAAGUGGUGUGGCAGAUCCUGGCCAAUAUUAUCAUUUUCAUGUGUGGCAACAUGGCAGGAGCCUACCAUAAACACCUGAUGGAGUUGGCCCUGAAGCAGACCUAUCAUGACACCUGCAACUGCAUCAAGUCCCCAAUCAAACUGGAGUUCGAGAAGAGACAACAGGAGCGUCUGCUCUUGUCACUGCUGCCAGCCCACAUCGCUCGCGUCAUGAAAGCUGAGAUCAUCCAGAGAUUGAAGGGUCCAAACUUUGGCCAGAUGGAGAACACCAAUAACUUUCACAACCUCUACGUGCAGAGACACACCAACGUCAGUAUACUGUACGCUGAUAUAGUGGGUUUCACUCGUCUGGCCAGUGACUGUUCACCUGGAGAACUGGUGCACAUGCUGAACGAGCUGUUUGGAAAAUUUGAUCAAAUUGCCAAGGAGAACGAAUGCAUGCGGAUCAAAAUCCUGGGUGACUGUUACUACUGCGUGUCUGGUCUGCCGGAGUCUCUACCAAACCAUGCAAAGAACUGUGUGAAAAUGGGUCUGGACAUGUGUGAGGCCAUCAAGAAAGUGAGGGAUGCUACAGUAGUUGACAUCAACAUGCGUGUCGGCGUGCAUUCUGGGAACGUGCUGUGUGGCGUGAUCGGACUUCAGAAAUGGCAGUACGAUGUCUGGUCACAUGAUGUCACGUUGGCCAAUCAUAUGGAAGCAGGUGGUGUGCCCGGGAGAGUCCACAUCACUUCAGUGACGCUGGAGCACCUGAACGGUGCCUAUAAAGUGGAGGACGGGGAUGGACAAGAAAGAGAUCCUUAUCUGAAAGAACACGGAGUCGUCACUUAUCUGGUCAUCAACCCAAAGGUGGAGCGCCGGAGUCCACAGCAUCACUAUCGUCCCAAACACACACCAGACUGUGCCAGGAUGAGGGCGUCAGUCAGGAUGACUCGUUACCUGGAGUCUUGGGGAGCAGCCAAGCCCUUUGCUAACCUGCACCACAGAGACAGCAUGACUAAUGAAAAUGGAAAGAUCAACACCGCUGACGUGCCCAUAGGACAGUAUCACUUCCAGAGGAGAUCAGAAAGGACCAAAUCUCAGAAGAAACGGUUCGAGGAGGAGCUAAAUGAGAGGAUGAUAAGAACCUUUGAUGGAAUAAAUUCACAAAAGCAGUGGCUAAAAUCUGAGGACAUUCAGAGAAUAUCACUGUUCUUUCACAACAAGUCCUUGGAGAAGGAGUACAGAGCAACCACCCUGCCUGCCUUCAAGUACUACGUCACCUGCGCCUGUUUGAUCUUUUCCUGCAUCUUCAUCGUGCAGAUUCUCGUCCUCCCGAAGACGACUAUUUUAAAGUUAUCCUUCGGAAUGGCCUUUCUCAUCCUUUCCUUAAUCCUCUUUAUUUGUUUCAUCGGACACUUUCUGCACUGCAGCAAGAGUACCUCUACUUCUUGGAUGUGGCUGCUGAGGUCAUCAGUCAUUAUUGCCAACAAUCCAUGGCCCCGCAUCACGCUCACCAUGACAACCACCGCUCUAAUACUCAUAAUGGCAGUCUUCAAUAUGUUCUUUUUAGGAGACAGUGUGUUGCCUCCAGUUCCUGUUUACAAUUCAUCCAAUGAAUCACUGUUUUACACUAAUGGACAACUAAUUGCUGUCUCUGGCAAAAACAAUUUCUACCUUCCUUAUUUAAUUUACAGCUGCGUCUUGGGCCUUAUCUCCUGCUCAGUGUUCCUGAGGAUAAACUACGAGCUGAAAAUGAUGAUUAUGUUAACAGCCGUAGUUGUUUACAACAUCAUCAUUCUGCAAACGCAUGCCACCCUGCUGGAUGAGUACAGUAGAUUCCUGUACAAGACUAAGAUUCUGGACCGACCAGGUGUUCUCAAAGACUUGAAGACGAUGGGCUCUAUCUCCCUCUUCAUCUUUUUCAUCACGCUGCUUGUGCUUGCCAGACAGAAUGAAUAUUACUGUAGGUUAGACUUUCUGUGGAAGAACAAGUUCAAGAAGGAGUGUGAGGAGAUCGAAACCAUGGAGAACCUGAACCGGGUGCUGCUGGAGAACGUGCUGCCGGCGCACGUUGCGGAACAUUUUCUGGCACGUAACUGGAAGAACGAGGAUCUCUACCACCAGUCUUAUGACCUGGUGUGCGUCAUGUUUGCCUCCAUCCCUGACUUUAAAGAGUUCUACACAGAGUCAGAUGUCAACAAAGAAGGAUUAGAGUGCCUCAGGCUGCUCAAUGAAAUCAUCGCCGACUUUGACGAGCUGUUGUCCAAACCCAAGUUCAGUGGGGUGGAGAAAAUCAAGACCAUCGGGAGCACUUACAUGGCCGCUACUGGGCUGAACGCAUCCGCAGGGCCUGAGUACACGUCACAGGAGCCUGACAGGCAGUACAUGCACAUCGGGACCAUGCUGGAGUUUGCGUUUGCUCUGGUGGGCAAACUGGAGGUUAUAAACAAACACUCCUUCAAUGACUUCAAACUCAGAGUUGGUAUUAACUACGGUCCAGUGAUCGCCGGAGUCAUCGGGGCCCAAAAACCUCAGUAUGACAUUUGGGGAAACACAGUGAAUGUAGCCAGUAGAAUGGAGAGCACCGGAGUGCUGGGCAAAAUACAGGUGACGGAGGAGACGAGUGGAAUCCUCCAGAACCUGGGCUACAUGUGCUCCUGUCGAGGCAUCAUUAACGUCAAGGGCAAAGGGGAACUAAAGACCUACUUUGUGCACACAGAGAUGACCCGCUCACUGUCCCAGGGGAACGUCAUGCCGUGAGACUCGACGUUGGAUUUACACCGUGCAAAAGCACAGACUCUAAUUUAAGACGGACUUUUGACUGGGAUCAUCUCAGUGGUGUGGUGAUGGGAACAGGGCACAGUGGACUCCCAUCUACACCACCAGGGAAGUAUGAUUUAAUGUUCAAGUGAAACUUACUUCAGUGCCACAACUGUAGUCGACAUUUCACUCGUGUAGCAUGUACAGCAGGUAGACAUCCAACCCCUGGAAUUAUGAAGUCCAAAGUUUUCAUUUAUGCCUUGGUUUGGUGAGUUUUUGGCACCACUUUACCAUAAAUGCCUCUUUUUUGUCAGACAGAUGCAUCAAAGUUACAUUCUGUUAAUUUGACAGGACACGGCUAAAAAAAUGCACACAGUUAAGAGAAGAGAAGAGAGUGGGGACCAACGUCCCACAGAUCAACUAUCUAGAACAGGGCUCUCAAACUCAAAUCAGAUGACGCCCCCUGAGGGCCACAUCAGUGAAGUUUAAAAAAAAGAAAAAAAGAAAAGAAAUAAAAAUUGCAACAAAGCAUUUUGCUAAUUUAAAAAAAAGAAUAAUAAAAAAUAAUUACCUCAUCUAAAUUUUAAUUCAUACCAGUCAUGGGCCAGAUGUGUGGGA